AUGGCAAAGUUCAGGAAAGGAAAAUACAGCAGAGAAGAACUAAUGGAGGAGAAGAAGGCAUUCAAACUGUGGUGGAAAGAAAGAAAGGAAAGACACGAAGAAGAGGAAAUGGAGAAGAUCAGGAAGAUUAGAACAGAGCAAGAGAGUCAGUGCCUCCCUCAAGAGGAUAAAGCCUCUCCAGGAGCUCAAGAGUCGGGAGAUAAGGAAGAUUUCAAAAAUACACUGGACAAGUACAGCUUGACAGAAAAGGAGACACCAACCAGGGAGAAAGGAAUGGAGAUAAUGACGGAAAAAAUGGGGAAAAUGGAAAGAAGAUUCGAGGCAAUGUUAAAGGAAAUAAAAGGCACAUUCGAAAAGCAAGUGGAGGAGAUGAAGAGAGAAAUGAAAGAGGAAAGGGAAAGAAGGAAAAGAGAGAGAGCCAGAGAGAAAGAAGAGUGGGAAAGGGAAAAGAAAAAACUAUUGGGCAGAAUCAGAAGAAUCGAGGAGGAGCAGGACAGUGCAGAGAGUGAGGAAAGGAGAAGGAACAUAGUAAUCAAAGGUGUGGACUGGAACAAAGGAAGCUAUAAAGAGACAGUAAAGGAGUUCAUACGCGAAAAAAUGAGAAUAGGGACAGAAGUAGAAAGAACAUAUAUGAUAAGGGUGGGGAACAAAAACAAUAAUAGUGGCAACGAUGAAAUCGAUGGAGGAAAAAAUAAGGAUAAUGAAGGAGAAAAGCAAACUGGGAAAGGGGGUAUACAUAGACGACGAUCUGACAAGAAAAGAAAGGGAGGUACAGCAACACAUAAGAAGGGUAGCCAGAGGCAAAUAAGUAAGAACAAGAAGGUGUGGGAAUAUUUGAAGACAUUCGACGUGAUCGGACUCACGGAAACAUGGAUAGAGGAAGACAAUAGGAAAAAAUUAAAAUAUAGACUACCCAAAGAAUUCGACUGGAAAUGCAGGGCAGCAAUGAAGGCGGAGACUGGAAUGCAAGAUAAACGAGGACCUAGGGAAAGAAAAAAGCAGGCGAUCAAAAAACAAGACAAUAAACAUGGAAGGAAGAACCCUGCUAAAGUACCUGGAAGAGAGAGGCUGGACGAUAAUCAAUAG